CACAACCAGGUAAGAAAGUUUGUUUUGCUCCGGCGUCGUUCGAUAUUUUUUAAUGAAUCACAGACGGUUUCCCGUUUGCGGGAUUAAUCAACAAUGUCAAGUUUUAACGACUUUGCUUUACGACUUUGUUCCCCACAGUCUGCAGGAUAAAGAUGGAGCUUGUAUAUAAAACUGUUGGUUGAUGGUGUUCAUAAAGAGAUGAGCAGCAAUGUUUGCUGCCUCUUCAGAGGAACGUUCCCGGGAUCAGACCUGUGGACACAAGGUUAACAAGAAGGCCAAGUCCCCUGAAGUGUCUUUACCGCCUCUGUGUCCAAAGCCACCUGCUCUCUCGCCGUUCGGCCGCACACCUGUCCUCCACGAUGUCUCCUCCCACAGACAGAGUUCAUCAGUGGUGGGACUUCCUCGUCUCCUCAUCUCACACGCUGGACCCAGGAGAGCCAGAGGUGACACAGAAUGGACGGAGAAACCUCGACUAAAGGCUUCAGCACGAGGGACGGAAAUACCCUUUAGAAGCUCUGCUGAGGUGACGCCACAAAGAGAGAACGAGGACUUAAUAAAAGCCACAACAAGUGAGGAUCAAAAGAUAAACAGAGGGAGAGCAACAAGGCUGAAUAAAUCCGCUCUCACGGGCACAGACGUCCUUCAACUCUUUGCUCAGAGAAGACACCAGGCGGAGUUUUAUUUACUCAAACAAGAGGAUGGGGACUGUCACAGACCCUAUCACCUACACGUGGUUGAUUCCAGUGAAGCCGGCGCCGAGCACUACAUCUUCUCUCCUCAUUCUGUCCUUCACGUGACAGAGACGGGUUAUGGUGGACUCGUCUCUUUGACUGAGUGGCACAGAGAGGCCGUUUUGUGGACGGCGUUGCAGAAAAAGCCAUUUUUCAAGGACUUCAGACGGAGGAAAGCUUUCACCCGGUGGCACAGAAACGUGCGCAAGGUGUUGUUUCAGCGCCGCCGCGAGUCUCUGCAGGACACGCUGCUGUUCGCUGUGCCUCAGUUCAGACGCUCACUUCAUGUGUUCACAAGACUCAUUGAAGAUCUGAAGGAGACUCACUGGCUGCCUCAGGAGGAAGCGCAAACCUACACAUUGGUGGAAUUCAAGAAUGCACUGACAACCAAGAGUCAAGAGUGUCUGCACAUUCUGGAAAAGUUGUCAAAAUAUCGCACGGUCAUCCUAAAUGGGGUGAAGCAGAUCUGCUACAAGGAACACCAGGAGCUGCAGCAGCACGUGGAAUACGCUAAAAAGCCAAAUAAACGCCAUGAGCCCAUUCACGUCCACCUGGCUCACCAGCAGGAGCUGAAGAGGCAGCUGGCUCGCUCUGAACGCGUCCUACACAAGCUGGGGAACUUUGGUUCUCUCGUCAAUCGCAUGAUUGUGCAAAGUGUGGCCACCGUCGUCCGUCGGGACGUCUGCGGUUUUCUCAGCAACGUUCUAAAGAGGAAGAAAUCACAGCAGUGCAGUCUGUUCCACACGGAGCUGUGUCUCAGUGCUGAGUGUCUGACUGUGGAUCCACCAGUGUAUCUGUUCAGAGAAACACUGAGUGAAGCUCUCCUGACUGUUGGCGACUCCAUUAUUCAGAUGUGUGAGAGUUGUGGAUUCUUCUUGGAGAUCAGCAGCAACACAAUGAGCUGUGAUGUUGCUCAAGAUUUGAUGUCUGAUCUCAGUUGUGUUGAACUUCCAAUUAUACCAGGGCAGAGUAAGAGCAGAGGUGGAUCAUGUGUUUGUGGAAAGUUUUGCUGCUGGCAGAUGCUCAGAGACCUGUCAGCUCAGUGGCUGCUGCUGCUGCCAAAGCGAAGCCUGCUAAUGACGCAGGGCAACAUGGUGCGCGGCUGCUACUCUCCUCUCUCUAAGACACAGCUGGAGUGGCAGAUCGGCAGCAGUGACCGUUCAGGGCACGUUGAGAGAGAGCAGGUCAAGAUCAUGAAGGAAGUUGAAGUAGAAAUCCAGCAGCUGUGUGACGACUACACGUGGUUGCUGGACAUUCAGUUGUUUCUAAGUGAAUGGAGUCCAGCCUCGUUGAAGGGUCACUCUGCUUUACAGUAUGAGGAGCACAUUAAGAGGAUUCGUAACUGGGCUGAAAGAAUCAACUCCCUUCCCUCAUCAGUCUCUACUUCCAACCAACUGUUCAUGAUUCACUGCACCCACACAAAGGAAACUCUCGGGCAACAGCUGAGCUUCAUUGAAAAGGACACGCUCAAGCAGCUUGUGGAACAGACUGAGCUUCACUCAACGAGUCUCAUAUCAGACCUGGAAAAGACUGCAGCUGAACUCAAAACUGAUCCAAAAGACUUAUUUGACCUCUCCACUUAUGCUUCUCAGGUAAGGGAGUCACUGGCAACACUGACAGACAGGCAGAGACGGUUGGAGCACAUUCGCUCCCUGAAGCUCAUUAUUUCCACUAACUAUAGACAAAUGAAUGAGCAGGAGCUGAAUUUGGAACAAAAGAUGCUUGGCUUGUGGGAUUGCUUCAUACCCUUCUUGAAGGAAGCAGACGGCAUCGUACGCCAAAGUCUGCCUUCGGCGACCAACGCGGUGGACAAAAUGGUCUCAUUUACGGUCCGUGACCUCAAACAUGUCGUCUCUACAGCGACAUCCGGACCCUUCCUUGAGCCAGCCCAGAACGCCAAAGAGAUGGUGUCCAAACUGAACACGAUGUGCCGACACGUGCACACUCUACAUGCAAAGCUGGAGCAACUGAAUACAAACAGGAUAAACCUACAAGAAUGCGCGGUGGAUGCGACUCAUUUAACUGCAGAUAUUCAGAAAGUCACAGCCAGAAAAGAGUUGUGGGAGCUAAUGGUCAUGUGCACAAAAUGGAUGGAAGAAUGGAAACAGCAGCUUUUCUGUGAGGUUGUGGUGUCAGACGCUCAGGAGAAAAUCGCUAAGUGGCGGGAGCAAGCUCUGGCUUUAACUCGCAUAAUACCUACCCAUGAUGCAGUGCUGCAGGAGGCUGUAGGAAAACUGAAAAGCCUGAGCCAUCAGCUUGCAGUUAUGUCCAAGCUCCAGAGCCCCACGCUCAGACAUAAACACUGGAGAGCGAUUUUUGAAGGUUUAGGUCUUGUGUAUAUCCCUGAGAAGAAGCUUACUGUUGCUGAAUUGAUGUCUCAACCACUUGAAGUUCAUCAAAAGCUAAUUAUGAAGAUAUGCACUGAUGCCCAAACAGAGAGUAAGUUGGAGCAGACCUUUAAAAAGCUUCAACACAAAUGGGAAACCAGACUCUUUGAGCUGGUCAAAUCCACACACCCUCUUUGGCAGCCUCUCAAGCUGCAGCCUGAAUUGACUGAUGCAGUGAAGCCCACAGAGCCCACAGAUUCAAAACUCCAAAGUGCCUGUCAACACUCCGUUAAUGAUGCAAGAUUCACCAUCACCGGUCUGCAGACACACUUUGCCGAGUUGGAGGACGAUCUGAUGACUCUGGCGUCAAUGUUGAAGUCUCCUCGCUGCCCAGAGUUCAGACAGCAGAUGGAAGAGUGGGUGCAAUCACUGCAGGAUCUCGAGAAGCUGCUUGACUUAUUUGACCGAUACCAGCAAACAUGGACCUUCCUGUCAACGACGUUGAAUGAAACGUUCUUUACUGUUCAAAGGUCGGACCUGCUGGAGCAGUUCAAACCAGCUGAUGGGACAUUUCAGGAAAUUAUGCGUACGAUAUCAGGCAACCCACAUGUGUUGAACUUUGUGCGUUCCACAAAAACUAGUCUUUGUCAGAAACUCAGUAAUGGCUUGUCUACAAUGGAAGCAAUUUCCAACCAGAUGGUGGACGUCCUGGAUGUCCUGCGCGAACAGUUUCCAAGACUCUGGUUCUUGAGCGACAGGGAAGUGAUUCAACUUCUCUCUUGUCACCCGGAGCCUUCUACGCUGCAACCCUUUGUACGCAAAUGCUUUAAAGGGGUAAACAGUCUAGAAGUGGGCGUUGAAAUUCAGAGUAAUACAAGACAGGUAAACACCAGUGAAGCCACAACUGGAGACCAAAGGCCGAUGAAGGUGCUUGGGGUUUUCGCCAGCCUCCGGGAACACAUCACUUUUCUGUCUCCUGUAGAACAAAAUCGAAAUGCCUUGGUUUGGCUGAGUACAUUUGAGAAGCAACUAAAGUUAACCAUGGCGCAUCUUGUGAAUCAAUAUGCUGUUGUGUCAAAUCAGCUUCAACCAACUAGUCAGGAUUUGCCACGUGAUGUGAAAAUUGGAGACAACACUGAUGGUAACACAAAAAAUAUUGAACUCGUGCUGGAUCUACUGUCCCAAUACCCUCUCCAGUGUGUGCUGGUGGCUGAAGAGGCAGUGUGGUGCACUGUUGUUCAAGAGGCUUUUCAAGAACCAAGUCCAGUUAAGCUGAACAUCUUAAAGGCGUGUAACUCUGAAAAACUGAAAAACCUUUGCCGAUACGUUAAGGAGAGCCUGGCACAAAGUGAAUCUCUGAUUUCUACAUAUAUGAUAGUGUGUCUCGGUGCCUUGGUGCAGCUGACGAUGAAUCAUGGUCAACAGCUCUCUCAACUCAUGGAUAUACGGUGUGACCUGGUGACAUCUUUCGAGUGGCUGAGUUUGAUGAAGUAUUAUAUAAGUUCAAAAGCUCAGAGUCAGAAAGGCGAUGUUAAAUCAGGAUGUUAUGUGGAUGUUUUUGGUCAUCACUUCCAGUAUGGCUAUGAAUACAGUGGUCCUGAAGACUGGGCGAUGGUGCAAACUCCUGCUACAGAUAGAGCAAAACUGGGGAUCCUUCUUGCUAUGAAAAGCCACAGAUGUGGCUUUGUGAGUGGUCCUUGCAUGUCAGGAAAGACAAAGACUGUGGUCCAGUUGGGAAAAGCACUGGGGCGACAGGUUGUCAUUGUGCAAUGUUCCCCAAGCAUGAGACCAGGCGUUAUCCAGCAGAUGCUGUUUGGUGCCUUACAGACUGGAGCAUGGCUUCUGCUGGACUCUGUAGACUCACUAACACAAGGGUCCCUGUCCUUACUGGGGCAGCAUCUAUUAGACAUUCACCAGUCUUUCAGUACGUUGACUGGACACAGGAAUAAAAGCAUGACUGUUGAUGAAGUCAUAGCUUACACAAAUAUUGAUCUUGCAGGAAAAAGUAUUUCUGUAAAUCCCAACUAUGGGUGUGUUCUUGUCUCCUCAAGGGGAUACACGUCUGAUCUCCCAGAGAGUCUGCGAUUUGCAUCAAGACCAGUUGCAUUAACCCAUCCAGAUUACAGGAUCAUUGCAGAAGUAAUGCUGACUUCCAUUGGCUUCUCAGACGCCAUGUCUUUGAGUCUUCGUCUGGUUUCUCUCAUCAGCCUGUCAAAGGAUUCCCUCUUUCUGCCUGAUUUCAUCACCAAAUACCAGAGCUGUUAUCUUGUUGUUUUGCAGAAGAUAGUCUCUACCUCUGAAUUAUACUUCAAACAAAGCUUAAGGCAACAGGAAACUUUAAAUGAGGGUAAAAGAUCCGCUACAGAAAAAAAUGAUCUCAUGUCCUCUCAAAAUGUGACUGUGGAGCCUGAGAAAGGUCAUCACAAAUCUGAAUUGCCUUCCAGAUUGCACAGUUCAAACAUCAACAUCAAACAGAGCUUAAUGGAGGAAACAGCUCUUGUCAAAGCAAUCCUUUCUGUCCUAUUACCCGUCCUUUAUGACCACAAGAAGGCAUCGCAGUUCUACAUGAUUUUCAAGGAUUCGUUUCCCAUUGCGUCCCAGGUUCCUUUUUCCCAACAUAACUUUGAGGAAGAACAAAGGGACCAGCUUAAAGAUGCAAUAACAGGAGAAUUACAAAGGAAAGGAUUCCACCCUGAUUCAGAAACCAUUUGCAACACACUUACACUUUAUCAGACAAUGAAAUAUUCUCAGGCGGUUCUGCUUGUAGGCCCCUCGGGUAGUGGAAAGACGACCUGCUAUCGCUCUCUAGCUGGAGCACUCAAUAGUUUGGCUGCUAAGGAAACGGAAUACAUGUUUGAAGGAGAUCCUCCACGAGUGGAUCUGCAGGUCUGUUCUUCAAACUGGAACUCAGUUGACACUGUGGUUUUAUUUCCUAAUGCCAUGUGCCAUAAUGAGGUAUUUGGCUUCUUCUGUGGUAAAAGAGGAUGGCAAGAUGGAGCAGUUCCAAAAGUGCUGAGAUAUUCAGAGCGAUUGGAGCACACAAGUUCUAAUGUGUGUAACACUGAGAAGAAAAAUCCUCAUAAACCAGCAGUGAAAUGGCUGGUAAUGGAUGGGGAGCCUGUGGGGAAACCUGGAUGGUUAGAUUACUUAACCACAUUGUGCGAUUGUAAGGAUCCAUUUCUGUUCUUGCCAUCCGGUGAAAAACUUGCACCAUCCCAAAAGUACCUAAAGGUACUUAUGGAGAUCACGGACCUAAGUGACGCGAGUCCGUCUGCAGUGACCCGCUGUAGCCUUGUUCAUUUUACAGGAACCGAUAUGUGGAAGGCUGUUUGGAAGAAGGAAUUUGAUGCUCUUUCCUGUGAUUACAGACUUGAUCAAGGAACCACGAAAAUGUGGAAUCAUCUAGCCAAGGAUCUCUUCUCCAGCACUCUUAGUUUGCUGCGAGAAAAUGCUUUAACCUCGGUAAUCCAUCGCAAAGGACAGUGUUUUACAAGCCCCAUGUAUGGACUUUUUGAAAUGAUGUCAUUUGUGCGAAUCCUAUAUGCCCUCCUACAUCACUUUGGGAAUGAAGCAGAAAAUGCUGAGGCAACACAAAGAGACAAAAGAGAUGUAUCGCUACAUGGAACUAGAAUACCAGGUAUAGAUAGCAAGCUGCUCACCAGAAACAUUUUUCUGUUGGCUUAUGUUUGGGGAUUUGGUGGACACCUUCAUCCAUGUGACUGGCCACAGUUUGACUUGCUAGUUCGCCAAGUGCUCUUUUCUUGCCGCUACAAAAUCAUGGUUCCAGAUGACGAGAGUGUGUUUGAACACUUUUUCAGCAUCGACAGUAAGAUGUUCCCCAACAGCACACUUUCAACAAUUUCCAUCACUCCCAAGUAUGGGAACUACACCUAUCUCCUGAACCUCAUGUUGGAAGCAAAUCAGCCAGUGUUGCUUGCAGGAGAACCCUGCUCUGGAAAAACCACCCUGUGCCGGUCUUUGCUAAGUUUUGACAAACCACACAUUAGCCUACCAGCCAGUCCACUUCUGAGCUCCAGAGACCUGCGCAUUAUACUGAGUAAUAAAGACACUGUAGGAUCUGUGACCAAACGGCCAAGGCUGCUUCUGUUUGUGGAUGAUUUGCAUGAAGCCCCCUGUGAUGCCUUUGGAACGACAUCAACUGCCCUGGAAUCACUACGGCAGAGUAUUUCAAUGGGAGCGAUUCUAACAUUUGAUAACGACCACUUGGUGUUACUGGAUUCUGGACACAUCAGUUACAUGGCUACCUGUUGCGUCUCUGGAUUGGGCAAUCAUCACAGUAAUGUGGUGUCAACCCGACUUUCACACCUGUUCUCCAUCUUUGUACUGCCAGUCCGAUCUAUGGACGUUAUUUUGUCCAUCAAUUCCUCGAGACUCCAAGUCUGGCUCAAGCAAAUGCCACUUCAACAGAGUGGUGAGGAUAUGGCACGUUGUAUCAUCACUGCGACUGGAACUUUGUAUCACACUGUAUGUGACCAGUUCCAACCCACUGUGCAGAGGCCCUGUUUCAAGUUCUCACACCAUGACAUGCAGAAGGUGCUGCAGGGGAUGUACUUGUGGGAGCCUGUCAUUCAGACCACAGGGACAUUGCAGGCAGAGGACUAUGCACGAAUUGGGUUCCCUCAAGUCUUACCAGAGUCUACAGCGUCCGUUCUUAACAUAGCACAUCUCUGGAUGCAUGAGUGCAUGCGUACCUUUGGCGACAGGUUGUGCUCAGAGGAUGAAAGCGCGUCACUUGUGUCACUCAUAGCCAGGGUUGCAACUGCAAACUUUGGAUUUAAAUUGGUUGGUGAGCGUCACCCUGACAGUACACCCGCUGUCACAGACCUUGCUAUUCAUAGCUUACCCACAGACACAGCAGACUCCUGUAAACAAACACAUCACAGUCCAGGCACACUGCCAUCAGGGCUGAAAUCAGCCGGCCAGUCUGAAAUAAAGAAAGACUUUACGAUGGUUGAACCAUCCUUGUCUCAAGCCCGUUCUUCAGAAGACUCAAAUCUACAGCCCGAGAUUCUUCAGUAUAUGAUGAGCAUAAUGGCUACACUCGUCUAUGGACCUGAGUUUCCUAAAGCUUUGGAUCCAAUCGAUCAGCAAACCAACUUCAAAUUGAACUCUUAUUACAAAGAGCAAUACCUUGAUGCAGUCCUGCAAAAACUGUCUCUUCUCAUGGACAGCAAUGAGGACGGCAAAGGACGUGACGUUGCAAACUACAACAAAAUCGCAUCCAGAUUCAUCAUGCACAGAGAAAGAGUCAGCCAGCUGUUACACAUACUCAGGGUUCUGCUCAUACCAGGAGGUCAUGGCGUACUACUCAGCUCGCAGAGAGGCACAGGUCGUAAAACCACCGUGCGUUUCGCCGCCUACCUUUCAGGCUACGACGUGAUGGAGGUACAUGCAGGCAAUGAGAACAACUUGCAUGAAAUGCUGAAAAAGGCUGGGAAUCACACGAGAGUGGAGGGAGGUAAUGUCAUCAUACUGGUCCAUGAGGAAGUCAGUGAAUCUGUCAGAGAGGAACUACUGCUGUCAAUGGCCCACAGGAUCUACCCAGCACUCCACACAGAGGAGGAGCUCAAUGACCUUGUUUCCAGAGCAACGACUGCGAAAACAUCCUCAAGAAAAUACCAAAUGGACAAUUGGAUGCUUGAUAAGUUCUUGAGCCAAGUCCACAGAAAUGUCCAUGUGUUCCUUCUGAUGUCCUCCACCACCUCAGAAGCUGGUGAUGGAACCCAAGUUAUGAAUAGACAACUGACUAAGGCCCUGAGACUCUGCUGCUGUGUCGAGGUGUACAGGCCGUGGUCCAGCCGCUCUUUGACGGAAGUUGCUGUUCAAUGCCUUAAAACCAGUCCCCACAUAAUAUUGAAGGCGGAAACCUUAGUGGCCGGCGUGUCUGCGGCGAUGGCAGGAAUCCACCGGUCUGCAUGUCAGUAUGCGUCUGUCCUUCUAAAAGCCCAGAACUUUAGCCCUCAAGCAUACAUGGAGUUCAUUGCCCACUUUGAUUUCCUCUGCAACCACCUGCACAUACACUGUCAGGGCAAAGCCGACAGGAUUACCUCUGUUUUGUCUGUGUUGGACGUUUUGAACGAUGCAGCUCUUCAGAACCGACGACGUGUAGAAAGACUGAAGGAGGCGGUUGCAGAGAAACAGCAGUGUGAGAACGCGCUACUCAGAGAAUUAGACGAGCAGAAAAUCAUACUUGAGGAAGCACAGAAGAAAUGUGCGAUGGAGGAGAAGAACUUGCAUGACCUGGAAGAGGAGAUUAGUCGCAUUCAGAAACAGGUGAGGCCUGUCUUCCUGUCCGGCCUCAAUAUUCUGAAGUGUCUGAAUCCGUCCGACUUGGAGGAGAUACGCCGCUACAGAGAUCCACCUGAUGGAGUGGUGACGGUCAUGGAUGCCGUUUGUUUGCUGUUUGAUCGUCCACCGGGCUGGGAGAACGCGAAACAGCUUCUUGGACAGUCUAACUUUUUCCAAGAGCUGGAAUUCUUUGACCGGUUCACUCUGACUAAUGAGCAGCUCCAGCAGCUCGGCCUGAUCGUGCACAGUCCCCACUUUGUCCCCGAGUGCGUGCGAGACGUGAGCAAGGCCUGCGAGUCCCUGUGCCGCUGGGUCCAGACCGUGUACGAAUGCUGCCGCGUGCAACACCGACUGUUGGUCAAGCACCGGCUGGAGGGGCUGGACAGAGAGGCGCGGGGUCGGCUGUACUUGGCCAAGCAGAGCGAGGAGGGCGCGCAGCGUCGCCUGGAGGAGUUUAAACUUCGGCUUCGGCUUGUACGAGAGGAUUUAGACGAGCUGCUGCUGGAGCUGCACAAAGCUGAGGAGAUGAAGAGAGAAGCGACUUCCACUGCUGAGCAGUUAGAGGCUCAUGUCAGAGACUGGAAGGCUGCUGCUCAGGAGGGAGAGAUUCACAGCCAGAACCUCCCAGGAGACGCUCUUAUCCUGGCUGCAAUUAUUGCCUAUUUAGGCCCUUUUGCACAUAACAUCCGCACAGAGCUACUGAGCAAAUGGACAGAGCUGUGUCAGACAGGAAGCAUCAACACGAAUCCAGAAGACUCCAGAACCUCCCUGUUUACACGGCCAGACCCUGCAUCUCCUCUCCUCCCGCUCGGUUUCCCCAUCCCUGUGUCUGAGAGACUGCCGCUCCGCCUGGGUCCAGUACUGGGUUUGAAAGACUGGCAGCUCCACAACACUGUGUCUGUCAAACUCGUGGUUCAGCUGCUGCUGUGGGGCUGCAGAAAUAUCCCAGCUCAGCGCUGGCCUCUACUGGCAGACGCACGGCAACAUCAAGAGAUAAGGUCCCAGAGCUGGCUCAUCGCAGGUGACAGCGUUGAGCUUGGUUCAGAUUAUGGGAUGACAGUUUGUGCCGACGAUCCAGAUCUCCUGGAUAAGCUGGACGAGGCAGCUCAAAAAGGUUUGAGAGUCCUGGUAACUCACGUGGAACGUGCAACCCCCAGCUGUCAGUUUCUGGCCACACUGGCUCCCCCUGCUGGCUGUGGCCUUAAUGGGUUAGAGCAGCACGUUCAGACAACCCACCCUGAAUUUCGGCUCAUACUGAGCACAGACGUGCCGGCUCGAUUGCUUCGCAGUGUGAUCCAUCCAGCCGUCUUGGCUCGGGCGCGCGUGGUUGACCUCUCUGCGAGCGUUGAAGACAUCCAGGAGCUGAUGCUGACGCAGCUGCUGCAAUCUGAGUGUAAAGAGCUGCUGAUUAAACACACACGGCUGCAGAAUGACAAACAUGUGCUGCAGGAGGAGCUGGUCAGAGAACAGGAGGCUCUGAUGGACUACGUCCUGCGGUCAAACCCCUCACUGCCCCAGCUGAGUGACCUUCGCUCCCACGUGGACGUCUUUCAAGAGGCAAUGACAAAGCUGCAGUUUGAGAUCCAGCAGGUGAGUGAGGAGCUGCAGUACCACGAGGCUCUCGUGGCCGACCUCCGACACUUGGCGACGCUGGCCGCUGCGCUGUACCGGGUUCUCCAGGACGUGUCCCGUCUUUCUCCUGCGUACCACUUCUCUUUAAGUGGCUUCCUCAAAGUGCUACGAGAUGCCUUCAUUGUGAAGGGAAGGCCAUUGGUGUCGUAUAUCACUCGAAGAGUGCCAGCGGGAAUAGUACCAGAGGUCACAAACAACAUGGUCUCCCAACUGCUCGUCCAGUACAAGCCUCGUGUCUUCGAGAGCCACUUUGCCGUUCUGAAACUGCUUGUGUUUGUGGCCGUGCUCCAUCACAACCAGCUCUGCUCUGAGGGGGAAAGAGUGGCCUUCAUCAGGGGCUUUCAAGACAUGGAACAGUCUGUGUUGAAAGUGAAACGUGCAGCACAGUCCACCGCUUCUCUGCCCAGCUGGAUCCCCACACACGUCCACCCAGAGCUCCUCUGGUUGGAGAAUAUCCCGGCCUUCAGAGGGCUCAUUUCCUCUCUUUCCAAGUCCCCCAUUCAGUGGCGGGAGUACCUGCGCUUCCCUUCCUCCACUGUGGUGGGGGCCGUUCCCUGUCGCUCGCACUCCCACCUGUCCCUGCUACAGCGCGCUCUCCUCUGGAAAACCCUGCUCCCACACUGCCUGGAGGAAGUAGCCGACGUGAUCGCUUCCUGCCACCUCUGCCUGACCGCAGCGUCCGAGGCUCCUCACACCGGAAAUCCAGAGUCUCUCUCUCGGUUCCUCGCCAAACACGAGGGGCCCAUCCUUCUUACUUUGCCAAGUCCAGGAGGAGAUACCUGGACAAGCAUCCAGCCUCUUCACCUUAUAAACACACUGGCAGACUGUGGAGCAGAACAUGGAGGAAAACAGCAGGUCAAGUUUGUUUCUGUCGGUGCUCUGCGUGACAGAGAACUCGUCCUGUCAGUGCUGGAGCGGGCAGUUAGCGACGGUCACUGGUUGGUUUUUAACUGUCCUCUGAUUGAACAGUGGGACGACAAAGUCGUGGCUCAGCUCACUCAGAUAAUCUCUCCGUCAAAAGGAGAGCCAUGUCACAUUCACCCACGUUUCCGAUUGUGGUUUAUAACUCGAGAGCAUGAAAUACACCACGUACCAGCAACAGUGCGAGUGCAUGCUCUGGCCCUGGUCUGUGACUCUCCCGGGGAUCUGAAGGAGGAGCUGAGCCGCUCUGUGCAGCACGUACUCUCCAUCACACGGUGUGGAUCACGCCCGCAGAGCGUGACAGCCGACAGCGCAGAGUUCCUCCUCCGCUGUGCCGUCUUCCACUCUGUGUUACUGCAGAGACAGACCUGUGGACUCUUAGGCCGGCGGAGAAUCUGCAGCUGGAACCAGGACGACCUCGCGGCUUUGGUGGACGCGCACGAUUACAUCAUCAGUCUCUGUCAUGAAAAGACUAAAGCACUGCAGUAUAUAGCAGUCGGUCUGGUGCACGGUGGUCAUGUGCUGGACUCGGCGGAUGUGGAGGAGGUGGAAAACACCGCAGAGACGUGCCUCAGGAGAGAGUCUCCUCUGUGGAGCGGAGGUCGUCACGUCCUCUCAGGCAUCGUCGACAAUUCUGGAGAGUUUGAUUCAUCACGACUGCUGCAGAUCAUGGAGCCCGGCCUCCAGGAUUCGGCGAGCGCGGGCGACCCCCUCGCGCUGGGCUUCGGCGUGGACACGGCGGCGGAGAUGAUCAGGGUCAGAAGUCACAAUUUGAACGUGUUACUGCAGGCCUCCCAGACUCCUCCGGGAGUGAGUCGGCCUCCCGUGGCGCCGGCCCACGGCCACGCUGGAGACCGACUGCGGGCGCUGAAGAGCUCCCUCACAGACAAAGACAGCACAGUGACAGACGCGGGACGGGUUCAUCCCGGUCCUCUGCGUGACUUCCUCCAGCAGGAGUGGGAGGAGCUCACUGACACGGUGUCCUCACUUCUGCUGCAGCUGCAACACGACACGCCAAAGCUCACGUCCCCGCUCAGUCUCACUCACUUGUGCCGCCUGGAGAAGAAGGCGGAGCUGCUCGGCGCUUACGUCGGGCACGGCGGCGCUUCGGAUCCACCGGGUGCAUACAGAUUAUGUGCUUUCAAUAAUCCCAGAGGAUUUCUGGUGGCAGUCAUGAGGCAGGCGGCUCGAGAAAAACGCAAAUAUAUCAGUGACAUAAAACUACAUUUUCAGGUUGUGAGUGAUAGCUCACAUCCAGCCUCACCUCGUCUGGACGCCGUGUAUCUGUGUGGGCUGGAGCUCAGAGGAGCAUCAUGGGACGCUGAGCUCGGAGCCCUGCAGGACACAGUCUCUCCUCAGCCACGCACGCUGCCUCCCGUCUGCGUCACGGCUCAAGUCAGGAGCAGGAAGACCAAAUACAGAGACACCUUCCCUUGUAAAAGUUCAUAUUUAAUGGACACGAAUAAUGUUCAGGUGUCACAUGCUCCUCCGUCGACGGCCUCUCAGUUACCGGUCUACCUCUGCCCUGUCGUCCUCCAUGAAGAGCGGGAGACAGGAGACUGGAGGCUGGCCGACGUGAAUGUUAUCACUCAGGUUCCCCUUCAUGCCAGGCUCAGUCCUGUGUUGUGUAGUCUGAGGAGGGUGAGGCUUGUGAGUAUGCUGAAAGCGAACGUGUGUAGAGAAGAUGAGACAAAUCGAUAACAACAUUCUAGACAUUGAAUAUCCAUGGACGACAUGUAUAAGAGAGAAUGUUAGUGUCUACAGUCGACACCUCCUCUGCAAACCCAUGUUUUUUCUUUUCCUCUGGUCAAGACGUUGUUGAGAAGAAGGGAAGUGAAACUGUAUUUUACAUCUCGUAAUGGUUGAGUUUGCGUCCUGCAAAUGAAGCUUUAAAUUGUCUCUAAAGUCAUAUCAAGGUCACGUUAUGAUUUAAUAUCUUAAGAACGAUCUGUAUGCAUUAAAUGAACAUUCAUUUGCAAAACA